UUAGUAUUUUUCGUCUCCCUAGAAGAGUCAACUGAGCCAAGUCUUACCAUUAUUCCGCCGAUUUUUGUUGAAUUUCCUUUUUCUUUUCUUUUUUUCUUUUUCGUUUCUUGGAACCUAGUGGUAGGAAAAACCUAAGUUUGCUUUUAUUUUGAAUUGUCUACAGUUCUAGCACGAGACGUUAGGGAUUUCAAUUUUCAUCUUAAACUGCAAGUUGUCUACAGUUUUAGCGUGAGGACUUAAUGGAUGAAAAGUUCGGUCUUAAAUUCCAAAAACUUGUAGUUUGAGCCACUUAUUUUAAAAAUCUUCUGGGUUUUAGGAGGAUCAUUUCCAUCUAGGAUAGAGGCUGCAUAAUCUGUAUGAUAUACUAUCCUUAUUGGGACUAAUCUUGGAGUUCGAUCUUGUGACAAAGGUGCCUUGAUCGUGCAGUAGUUUGGGAACCUGUGGGAUCUACGCCCUUUCUGCAUUAAAUGAUUGGUGUUGUCCAAGAAUAAGCAGUGUUGAAGUGCAUUAUGAUAUUGUGCCACUAGAGGUAUCUUUGCUUUUUCUUAAGGAUGGCCCUUGCUGGUUCUAUGCAAUUAUCCCGUGAAUUGGGAAUUCAGAAUAGGCAUGGGUACAGUAACCAACCUAAGAUUAUGAUGGCAAAAGAUCGAUUACAUCUUCUCAGCAUCACUCUCUCAUCUCAUGCUUCGAGACAGGAUGCUUUGAGUCUUCAUCUUUUAAAUAGCAUGCGUGGGUCAAUAACUCCUGUAUCUUCUAGAUGUGAAUUUUUCCUGUGCCGAUCUUUUCUAGCACCAGGUGGAGGAAAUGAGAUUUCAGUUUUAAAAUCUGCUGCCUUGGUUUUGACAAGGUCAUGUAAUGCUUUACGAGGAAGGCCUCUUGUACUUCAAUUGGUUCCAGCAGUUAGCAUUGUUGCUUUUGCUGCAUGGGGUCUAGGGCCGCUAAUGCGUCUUAGCAGGAAUCUUUUCCUCAAUAAGACCGAUAGUAGUUGGAAAAAGAGUAGUACAUAUUAUGUUCUGACCUAUUACCUUCAACCUUUGCUGCUUUGGAUUGGAGCAAUGCUUAUUUGCAGAGCAUUGGAUCCAAUCAUUCUACCUUCAAAAGAGAGCCAAGCUGUUAAGCAACGACUUCUAAUUUUUAUACGAUCGUUAUCAACGGUGCUGGCCUCUGCCUAUUGUAUAUCAAGCUUGAUUCAACAAGUACAAAAUUUCUUCAUGGAAAGCAAUGACUCCAGUGAUGCUAGAACUAUGGGCUUCCAGUUUGCUGGGAAAGCUGUUUAUACUGCAAUAUGGGUGGCUGCUGUUUCAUUGUUCAUGGAGUUGCUGGGUUUUUCCACCCAGAAAUGGCUUACUGCUGGGGGUCUUGGCACAGUAUUGCUCACCCUUGCUGGUCGUGAGAUAUUCACAAAUUUCCUUUCAAGUGUAAUGAUCCAUGCAACACGACCAUUUGUUUUGAACGAAUGGAUUCAAACAAAGAUUGAAGGUUAUGAAGUUUCUGGGACUGUUGAGCAUGUGGGUUGGUGGUCACCGACAAUCAUAAGAGGUGAUGAUCGGGAAGCAGUUCACAUUCCAAACCACAAAUUCACAGUGAAUGUUGUGAGGAAUCUUAGCCAGAAGACCCAUUGGCGCAUCAAGACUCACCUUGCCAUCAGCCACUUGGAUGUCAAUAAGAUUAAUAAUAUUGUAGCUGAUAUGCGUAAGGUUUUAGCCAAAAAUCCUCAAGUAGAGCAGCAAAGGUUGCAUAGAAGAGUGUUUCUGGACUAUAUCGAUCCAGAGAACCAGGCUCUUUUGAUUUUGGUUUCGUGCUUUGCGAAAACCCCUCGUUUUGAAGAGUACCUUUGUGUGAAGGAAGCAAUACUCUUGGAUCUUCUCAGAGUUGUCAGCCAUCAUCAAGCUCGCCUUGCAACACCCAUUCGUACGAUUCAGAAAGAAUACAGCAUGGCUGACAUGGAAAUGGAAAAUAUACCAUUUGCUGACCCGAUAUUCACCCGCUCCAGUGCAGCUGCUAACCGUCCACUCCUGCUGAUUGAGCCCUCUAAUAAAAUGAAUGGUGAUGAUAAAACCAAGGCUUCCACAGGUUCAGCAUGCCAGAACGAGGAAAAAGAUGCCAAGAUUGAUGCAAGCUCAACAUCUGAAUCGAAGCCAGAUGCCAAGGCUGGAGCAUCGUCAAUUCUUGACUCCCCAACAGAUGACAACGUUGCAGCAACAUCAAUCUCCAACUCCAGCACAAACAGUAAGGUUUCAGCAACGUCAAUAUCUGACCCCAAAAUCCAGAAUAUGGUGACUGAUGGUUCAACCCAAAAUAACUAUGAAGAACAGCAGUCGGAGGCAAGCAUGGAAAAGGUGAGGGAGGACAUAAACCCAGGUGGAUCAGCUUUUGAGAAGCCGUCACUGAAUUUCCCAGAUUCUGGUGCUGGAAAAGCAGAUGGUCUUCCUUCUGCAACUCCAUUGGCAAAGCAAGAUGGCAAUCGAGCAUCAAUUGCUACCCCUGCCUUGGAAGAGAACAUUGUUCUUGGUGUAGCUCUUGAAGGCUCAAAAAGGACACUCCCAAUUGAGGAAGAAGAAAUGAUUGUGUCCCCUAGCGGAGCAGAAUCAAAAGAAUUGGCUGCCUGCCAGAAUGGCAAUGUUUCAGCCCCCAAUGGCAAGGAUAAGAAAGAAGGUCAGAUAGACAUCAGCAGCUCCUAGUGCAAGAUCGAGCUACCAGUGGGAUAUAGGAAGGUGAUCAUGAGGUCAUUGGUUUGGCACCAUGCAGAAAUGCUCAAAGCUGUGUUUUUAAGGCUAGCAUUAUGCAGUGUAUAUUUUAUACUGUAGUCAUGCACUUCUUAGGAAUGUAAAUGAUUAUUGCAUUAAGAAUCUUUGGGCCAAUUAGGCAUUGGCAAUUAAUCAGAGAUUUAUUGUCUGCAUUCUUGAAAUACAAGAAAUUGUUUUCAUCAA